GCCAACUUGGCGGAGAUGGCGUCAAGCUCCUCGUGCUUCAUUUUCUCGGCUUAUUUCGACACAGCAAUGCGAUGAAAUUAACGGAAGCAAGACAAGCUCCUCGUGACUCGAACAACGAUUUUCGGCCUGGUGGGGGGAAUGGAGGGGCUGAGCUUAGCAGGACGAGGGGCCGGACAAUCGUGCCACGCAUUUUCUUAUCGAUAACCUGGGUGUCAAAUUUUUAGCCUAAUUUCCGAGGCACGACACAGCAGAAUAUGGCGAGGUCGAGAGUCUGGCGCAAGUUCGAAAUCCCAUCUUGAGCUGUGCUCCGAUCACGAUCCAACCGCAAAAAUGGCACCAAUUGACCGGUGUCUGGCCUCUGUGGCUAGACUGACGCUCUCACAGCAAUCAAUACGACCGGCCGUGCCUCUGAUACCCCGAUUCCUAGCCCCGGCGCUGGUUCAGUCCCGACAAGCCUCUGUGGUGCGGACAAAGAAGACAACGAAGAAGAAGGCUGUUCCGAAGGACUUUAAGCGACACAACUUGGAGAAGAGAGAAUUCCCCCAGUACACAUUAUGUGAUGCUAUGCGAGUUCUACGAGCUGUGGAAGUCGGCCAACCUCCCGCUACGAUCAAGUACGAGAUUCACAUCAACCUAAAGACUGCCAGAAACGGUCCCGUCAUAAAGAACAGCAUCAGGCUGCCGAAUCCCGUACAGAGCGACUGGCAAAUCGCCGUUAUUUGCCCCGAAGGAAGCGAUAUCGCAACUGCUGCUACCGCCGCCGGCGCUGUCGCUGUUGGAGAAGAGACCCUCUUUGAGGCCAUUCGCCAGGAAAAGAUUGAUUUCGAUCGUCUGAUCUGUCAUGAAAACAGCGAGAAGGCUCUAAACAAGGCUGGUCUGGGAAAGAUUCUGGGUCCCAAGGGCCUCAUGCCUAGCAAGAGGAUGAAGACGAUUGUGAACGACGUGGUUAAGUCCAUUCGCGAUUCGGCCGGUGCUGCGGAUUAUCGAGAGAGGCAAGGUGUCAUUCGAAUGGCUAUCGGACAACUUGGUCACACGCCUGAUCAGCUCAAGGCCAACAUCCAGGCGCUCCUGAAGAAAGUCAAAUCGGAAUGCGCCGAGAUUUCUGAAGAGGUUUCUAAGGAAGUGCACGAGGUCAUUUUGAGCACAACAAAUGGCCCAGCGCUGAGCUUGAAUGCCAAGCUGAAUGAUCCAGAGAGCGGAAUCACUGUUGAGUCACUGUCAGGCGUCAUGUAAAUCAAUAACGACAUGUAUAAUGUACAAUAUCCAAUUCAAUGUAUAAAAUAGAAUGCUUGAAGC